AUGGCGGCAGCAGGCCAAAGCGAAGACGACGAUCUUGUCGAGGAAUAUAUUGUGGAUGAAGAAUUGGUUAAGUUAUUGAAAUCUUUUGAGUUAUCUGCCACGGGAAUCGAAGAGUUCGUAGCCAACGGAUACGAUAUUUCGGCGCUGAAAAUCAUCGAACGCGAAGAGAUCGAAGCUCUUCUGCCUCCACCACAUCUAGCGGACCGAACCAAGUGCAUUGCCGGAUUGAACGAGUGGCGUCGGUCUUUGGGAUUGCCGUCAGUGUCCACGCCGCUGAAAACCAGCAACCUGCAAGGAACCCAAAACUCAGAUCCACCGAAAGUUGCGCUCGGUAAUCUGUCACGGCAACAAUGGAAUGCAAAAGCUCUGAUAAAUAGGUCCAAAAAAGGAAGACUUAUUUGGGAAGCCUAUCAAAUAACGAGCAUCUUGUCAAGGAAAGAUCGCAUUUUCAUCACCCAUCUGAUUAUCGACGAAUUUGUUGAUGAGUUUGGCAGAUUGACGCGUGAAGAAUUAGCCUGCCGAGCCACGGAAUUGAAAAACAUUUUUCCGACAGUGGAACAGCACGUCUGGUACAAACCAGCAUCGUAUCAAGACGAAAAAGGGAAGAAAAUCAAACUCGGUCGCAUAGCCAAGGGUUGUUUGUUCGACCGGAACCACAACUACCGCUGCGCCACGUCUGUCCCGCCAAGGAUUCCUGGGUCCGACGUGCAGCCAUCCACAAGUUCAGCUCAGCCGAUAGUCGACGUCAUCACAGCAGAUGCAGGUAAGAUAAACAUGAUCGAUUGUAGGAUGACUUUUUGUAAACAAGGAUGUUUUUUUAAUGUUGUAGUGACCGCGUACCAGGAGACUAAGAACUGGUUCCGACACCAUCACGGCGAGUUCGACGACAUCAAGAAACGGUGGGAAGCAAGUUGUGCCGUUCGUUUACACGAAACUGCCAAAUUGGAACGAGUGACCUACCAACACUUGCUGGACGAAUACCCGGUGCUGCGGAACACGGCCGGCUAUCAGCUCGUAAAUCUCGACUUUAGCUUCAAGCACCCAACGAAAACAGAUCUUCUUUUCGCGAAAUUCGCUGAUUUUCGCAUACGCGCUAAAUUAGUGUUUCCCAAUGAGGUGCCUGAACUAGGAAAACCUCUGUUGGCAUUGCUGAACAAAGAUAUUAGUGAAGAUUCGCGUGAUUGCAUCACAACGUUGCUCCUGUUUUUCAUCUGGCCCAGCACAGUUAUGCGUCUACCCAAUGGAAAGAAAUGGAAGCCAUCCUUGGUGGAAAGCAGUGAAAGCACAAUACUGCACUUGAAAACACUGGCGGAUUAUGAGACGGAGCUCUCGCGGCUUAGCCGGCAGAACCUGCUGAGAGGUUUGCCCGACUACCCAGUGAUCGUAGUAGUCGGUCCAUCAAUCGAGCACGUCAACCAAUUUUUCGUAAGCUACAAAGACAUAGCUUACAAAGCAGAAACGUUCAUCAAAGCACUUGACAUCACGUUCAAGGUCUACGAAGCGUACGGCAUUAGUUUCCCAAGUGAAGCCAACGGACCUUGGAGCUUCAUGGCGUAUGUGUUCUACGACUUCGAACCACCAGAGAACGGAAAUAAAGCUAGGAUUUUGACACUUGCUACACAUCUUCGCAACCAGGUGCCGGCACAAUGAUUCUAUGCUGCAUUCCCGGAUGUUCAUGGAAAACCUCCUGUCCAUCGCUUCUCGUGACCCAUCUUCGCAGAGUUCAUGAGCCCAUCGAUGUGUAUAGCUGCAAGGAGCCAUACUGUGGAAGACGAUUCAGUGUACGCUAUUCUUAUGUUUCCCACAUCCAGAAACAUAUUCGGAAUGACACAUUCACAAAAAUAUCCGGCGAUGAAAAUAUUACAGAAUCAGAAGAAAAUGAUCAUAUGCUACCAUGCGCGUCAGGCAGCAUCGUAACGGAGAUAAACAGUGUAGGCGAAGAAAGAGAGCAAAUGACAACUAAAAAUAAAGAGAAGAAAUCAGAACCUGAACAGUUAGUUAAUGUAGAGAAAAUUGAACAGGAAAUUAGCCGACUUAGAAUAGGAUUCAACUUGAAGUGGUUAAACAAAGAUACAGUACCUAGAAAGCAAGUAUUUGAGUUUCAAAACGACGUGCAAUCAAAUGUUAUCAAUCCGAUAAUUGAUGUUGUAGGAGUUAUGACAGAUGCAGGCUUAAUUUCACUUGAUAAUAGUUCCAUGCUUAAAUCUGUAUUUUCAAUGUUUCAAUGUUCCCAGACGGAGUAUAAAUUUGUACGCGAAUUAAAGCAAUCAGACUUAUACGAGGACCCUGUAUUUUUUAAUAUAAGCAAUGAACUAAAACCUGCUGUGGUACAACAAAAUCUGGACAUGAUCGAAGAUGAUGUUAAGGGUGUACUAAUGCCGAUCAAGUUUCAGCUUCGCAAAUAUUUACAAUCAGAAGGGAUGA